AUGUCAUUUAGAGCCCUUGGCCUUGCUGGCAACCGUCUCGACCGUUCACGGAUUGCUUACUCGUGCAAGAAUCUCAAAGGGCUAACCAAGAAGCAAAUAAGGUGGAACUGCACGCUGAUAGAUCCAGUCACCUUGGAAUUAAUUAGUGACGUGAUCAUGCGCGAAGGCACGAGGGAAUCCGCUUUUGUUCAUGCUGUUUCAGCCGCUGGGGUGGCCUACAGGGUGACACGCGAUUGUGCCCGAGGGCUGAACGAGCGAUGCGGUUGCGAUCAAUCGAUGCUUUCGCUGGAUCCACAGGUGCGCAGCUACGACUAUCAAGGAUGCUCGGACAAUGUUCAGUACGGUAUAGCCAUUUCGCGAGAGUUUGUCGAUGCAGCCGAGCGCGGCAAGAAUGCGUCGAAUCGAGCCAUUUUGAAUCUACACAAUAAUAGAGCAGGAAGACAGGUGGGUUACCACAUUUAUACUUUGGAAAUACUGUAAUA